UUGAGCAGUUAUGGUCAGGUUUGGGAUGUUUCACCGGACUCUUCGCAGUGGGUCGGGGACCCUAAGAUUGAGAACCUCGAUCCCAGCUAGACAGGGCAACAUUCUUUGCAAAUUUCACGCUUCACAAAUCUCUGCACAAAGGAAGCGGGCUAAUGGAAAGCAUGACAACCUUUUAGACGAGGAAGCUGGGCUCGGUGAUGAUUUAUUCGGUUCAUCUGAGACUACCUCGGCAGCCCACAACAUUUCAAAGACACCAAGUCACACAACUACACCAUCUUCACCGCUAUCCUUCUCCCCUUCAACUCCACAGACUCCUUCCGCACCCACAAUUUCUUCAUCCCAAACACUGUCGGAUGAGUCGCGGCGUAUGGUGUUUAUUGCUGCGCGAGAGUCUCUCAGAAAAUUCUGCGGGAAAACACCGGCUACUCGUCAGUCCCCUCCUCGUCAUGCUCUCCUGAAAUUGGUUGCGCUAUCCCAGGACUCGGACGAUUUGGAUGUUUUACGAGAUGCCCUCGUGGAAUGGAGAAAAGCGAGGCGGCAGGUCGAUGCGUUCACUUCGAACAGAAUCCUUGCGCGUUGUGUAGAGCUUAGGCGUCCAGACUUGGCUUUAUGGUUACUAGUGGAUCGGCCGAAGUAUGGAGUGGACUUGAGCUCCAUAUCAGUCGCUCGGUCGCUUCUCCAUGAACUCACUACAGUGGCAAGAAAUCCUGCCGAAUUUCCCAAAUGUGCUCCAGUAUCCUCCUUCCAAAAUGACCCAUUCUUGUUUGCAGCGCUUUAUCCAAAGUUCCGACUGCCUGAAGUCUGGGUGGACCCUGUGUCAGCCUCGACACUCGCCUCAUUUGGGAUGAUGUUUCCGAGCAAGUCGGCAAAUCAUAAACGCGCCUUCGCGCUGUUGCGGGAAAUGGAGGGUGCUGCGACGGUUGGAACAGGCUAUGAUUUUAGACUCACACCUAGGGGAUGACAGUUGGGUUGCACGCACUGAAAAGCCGUGCUCAUCUCGCUGUGUGAAUGAUAUUCAAUAUUCAAAUGUAUUUUGGCUACGCGCCGAAACUGAAUUGGCAUUGAGCUGGG